AUGACAAAUUAUAUCAUUCGUCUGUACUAUUCCUUCUAUAAGAAAUCACCUCAACAAUAUAGUGUAGCAGUCAAGAAGCUGUCAAUCAAAAACUCAGUAGCCAAUGAGAACACACUGCUACUAGCCCCGCCCCCACGAGAGAAUUGUGUCAGAACAGCGAACGAAAACUCAGGGAGCACUGGCUUGAGGUUAAAUUGGGUGGAGGAAUCUAAAGAUAGUGAGAAAGAACCAAAAGGGCAACUAAAAACGUUGUGCAUCAGUCACAGCCUGACAAAUAUUAAGGGACAGACUCGUGAAGUUCACAUUUCUAUAAAGGCAUGUCAUGGCCCCCUAAGUGCAGAAGACCAGUGCCUGCUGGAGGAACAGAAGGAGCUCCAUGGUACCAACGCUCUGCUGAUGCUGCUUCCCCCUCUUAACAGUGCUGGACAGGGCGAAGAGGACGAGGAUGUGACCCUGCUCUCUGCCCUCCUCCAGCUGAGGCAGGUGCAGCAGGCCAGCUGCUGGCACUCUCCUCUACCACUGGUUGUGGUGGUUACUGGCAACCAAGACAGUGGUAUCGGCGAUCAGGGUUUGGAAGAAGCACUCAUGUUGAAUAUGUUAGUGAAAGAUGGCCUCAUCUCUGAAUACAUCUUUGUCCAUAUUCCAGCAACCCUCACUGACCUGCAAGGCUCAGAGCAGAUGAGUCUUGUUGUAAGGUGGCUUGCAGCCCGCUCUCCCGCUGGCCCAGCCCUCUUGAGUGUGGUUUCCUUCCUGGCCACAUUUGUGCGCCUCUAUAAUCCAGUACGUAUCCCAGAUCCAAACCUCGCCCUUAACCCAACCCAUUCUAAUGUCCCCCUGGAGAACCUGCUAAGAAGAGUGAACUACCAAUAUUUUCAUGUGAGCGGUGCAGAUGGGGAUGACUAUGAGAAGACUGGACCAUCCUUUCAAGAAAUUCCCUGGGACGAUAUCAUAUGCCUGUGUGUAGAGGAGAGCAUCGUAUGA